AUAGAGCAAAGUUAAAUUUGCACAUGAUGCAAUUGAGAAUUAAGAAAAAACAAUCGUUUAAAGUCCGUAAGCAUGAGAAAAUGAGCGCGAGGAUCAGUUUCUCGCGUUUCUCACUUAACUCAUUUUCCUGAGACAAUAUAGAGUAAACCUGCAGAGGAUUCAGAGAAAGACGCGGGUUCGCCGCCUCUCCUGUAUUAUAGAAUGGUCCAUUUUGGGGACCUCGGCCGCGUCGUCGCGCAACACGGCGACUUUCAGCAUAUCGCUCGAACUCGUGGCGGAUGUUUGCAAUCUCGAGUGGCACACUCGAAGCGCGUACUUGUAUUUUGCACUCUCGUUGCCGGCGUGGAUGUCGAAGGAGAAAGAAAGAAAGAGAGAAAGAACGCCGACAACCGCAGGUUUGUGACGGCUAGGUGAGGGAGAGAGGAAAGGCUGGCACGUGAGUACGUUUUAUCCCCGGUAUAUACAAUAUUACGUGCAACAGCGAUAUGCACCGCUAUUACGUGAUCGCAGAAAGUCCACGUCGCAGAACGUCGCCGAUGAUUGAGUCAACGGCGAGGUCAGGCGAGGCAGCCUGACGUCGUGCUGCCAGCUGCCAUUCUCUUUCUCCUUCUCUCCGUCUCGCCUCCCACUCGGCCGGCCACUGCCACUACUACCUCGAUACCUAGCGUUCGACUCAUCCAUGUCCUGGCCCUGGCUUUAUGCUCCAAAGGCCACGCGCGAUAGUUCAACCGUCGCGCCAAGACGGUGCAGCUGAUAACGCGUGCACGCAAACGAGCCUGAUACCAUCGAGAUGGCACCGGCCCUUAGCAAAUUCGUCACCAGACGCACGCUGGCCGGCACGGUCGCGAUCGGCACGCUGAUCUGGAUACUGAGAAACCGCAGAAGGAGACGGACGCAGCGGAUCAGGAGUCAAUGGCCCGUCGGCAACGACAUUCACUAUGUCAUCAAGGAGGAGAAGCCGAAGGGCCCCAAGGCGCAGAUCAACGCCGUCUUCUUCCGCAGAUUGUAUCAGCUACUCAAGAUCGGUAUCCCCGGUAUACUGUCGCCGGAGUUUGGCUUUGUACUCCUAAUAGCGACCGCACUGGUUGGCAGGACUCUUUGUGACUUAUGGCUAAUCAAUAAGGGCACUCUGAUAGAAACGUCGAUUGUUAAUAUGGACGGAGCAUUGUUCAAGCAGCAUUUGCUGACUUUGGUCAGCGUAACUCCGAUGAUCGCAGUUGUGACCAACAUACUAAAGUAUGGUAUAUGCGAAAUGAAGUUGAGGUUGCGUACAAAUAUUACGCGUUAUUUGCUGGAUCAUUAUCUUAAAGGCUACACGUACUACAAAAUGAGUAAUCUGGAUACCCGGAUUGCGAAUCCAGAUCAGCUAUUAACUACAGAUGUCGAUAAAUUUUGCGAAAGCUGUACUGAUCUUUAUAGCAACAUAGCGAAACCUGUUUUGGACAUUGGACUUUACGUAUAUAGAUUAACAACUACUCUUGGCGGGCAGACCCCACUCUUGAUACUUUCGUACCUGGUAGUAGCGGGCACUUUUUUGACUCAUCUUCGCAAACCUAUCGGGACAAUGACGGUCAAAGAGCAGCGGCUGGAAGGAGAGUAUCGUCACAUUAAUUCAAGAUUGAUCGUCAACUCGGAGGAGAUAGCGUUUUAUGGAGGAAAUAACAGAGAAAAACUGACGUUGUUAACUAGCUUUCACAAACUCGUGACUCAUCUUCGUAAAUUCUUGGAAUUUAAGGUCUUGAUGGGUGUCGUAGAUAAUUUCAUUGCAAAAUAUUUUGCAAGCGUGAUUGGAUUCUACGCGGUGAGCAUACCCUUUUUCCAGGAGAACCAUCCCAUACUCUCUGGCACACCCAAUCAUAGGUUCAAAUCGUACUACACGUAUGGUCGGAUGUUAGUGAAGCUGGCCGAGGCUAUUGGCCGACUGGUGCUGGCCGGCAGGGAAUUGACGCGGUUGGCGGGAUUCACGGCGCGGGUCACCGAGAUCAAGAAGGUUCUCGACGACUUAAACACCGGGAAAUACGAGAGAACGAUGAUUUCGGAUUACAAGGACAACUUAAUCGGUAGUCCCGGUAAUGGCAGGAUUGUGCCGCGCGACAAUAUUAUACGAUUUGAGAAUGUUCCUUUGGUGACGCCGAAUGGAGACGUGCUCAUCAAGGAGCUGUCGUUUGAAGUGAAAUCGGGGAUGAAUGUGCUGGUUUGCGGUCCGAAUGGCUGCGGCAAGAGCUCCAUGUUUAGGAUUCUCGGUGAACUGUGGCCAGUCUGGUCUGGAACCAUUACGAAACCACCGCGUGGUAAACUCUUUUACAUUCCGCAACGUCCUUACAUGACGUUAGGCACAUUGAGAGACCAGGUCAUAUAUCCCCACACGAAGGAGGAGAUGAAGAGACGCGGUAACGCUAACGAUGAAGACCUCAAGAAGUUCUUGGAGCUAGUACAAUUGACUCAUCUGUUAGAAAGGGAAAAUCUCGUUAACAGUGAAGAACAGGGUUGGGAUGCGGUGGCCGAUUGGAUGGACGUCUUAUCGGGUGGCGAGAAGCAACGUAUAGCAAUGGCUCGGCUGUUUUAUCAUAAACCGCAAUUUGCGAUCUUGGACGAGUGCACGAGUGCUGUCAGCGUUGACGUCGAGGAUUCCAUGUAUAGAUACUGUAGACAAGAAAACAUCACGCUGUUCACGGUCUCGCAUCGUCGCUCCCUUUGGAAGCAUCACGAGUACUACUUACACAUGGACGGUCGGGGGAGUUUCGAGUUCAAGCCUAUCGAACAAGAUACGAUAGAAUUCGGAUCGUGAAUUCUUGUGUCCCUUGCAUACACGAAAAUAUGCCUGCAUGCAAGGGACAUCUUAGUCUUUUUUUUUCCAUUUAACGAUUAUUCAACAAUUCUUGCAAUUUAAUAGAUAAAAUUUCAUAUAUUUAGUAAUUUUAAUAGAUAAAGUGCAAUUUAAUUACCACGAGAAAGUUUAGUGUUAUUGAAUAUUACAUAUAGUGCACAAGAUGCCUUUACGUAGAAUGUAUAUGCAAUAUAUAGGAUUGUAUGUACUAUACACAAAUAGGUACGUGAAAUGAAAAUAAACCGCGUUAUUGUGGUCAUUUUCGGCUCUAUCACGAAUUUUUUCAAGCAGAUAUGCAAUUAAAUCUGUCGUGCAGAACGACAUAUUUUUUAAUCAAUAUUUUGAUCAAUAUAUUUUUGAUAAUAUAUUAUUGAACAAAACUUAAAAGCUUGAAAUGUAUGUAAUAUCAGCAUAAAUGAUACGAUACUUUUAGAUCCUUCUUUGAGGUAUUGUAAAUAUAUUCGAUUUUUUAUAGUGUUUAGAGGUUUCCAGUGUAAAUUUUAAUUACCAGUGAUAAAUUGUCUUUCUAUUUAGCAGAUACUUGCCAAACUAAACAAUGUAAAUGAUAUAUGUAAGGUUAGAAUUUUUAAAAUCGUGCGAGAAUUUACUAACAGUUGUAUCAUAUUGGAGAAAAAGUGUAUAUGUACAUGUACAUGUAUAUGUACAUGACAGGAUUUACUAUAAAAUACGAUUUAUAAGAAUGUAAUUAUUACCAUUAUGUAUAGAUCGCACAUAUGUCUUGGAUAUAUGUAAAUCAAGCCUAAAAAAUCAUAACGAAAUUGUUCAACAAUAGGAGGAUGCUAUGAUAAAAAAUUAUUAUAAUUGCAGAGUAAAUUAAAAUCGUUAAAGCAUAUGUAUAAAGGAACACUUUGAGGAACCAAUUGCGAUUCUCUUUCUUCCAUAUAUUGCAAUUGCAGACUUUUUUCUCCGUUAAAAGUUAUUACAAGUGAUAUCGCUUCCGUUGGUAUUUAGGAGAAACUUUAUAAUUCUGCUUUAUAAUAUAUUCGUAUAUACAUAUCUUAACAGAAUUAAUAAUGUUUUAUUGUACUUUGAGAUACUUCCUCAAUAGUUCGCUAUAAUUAUAAGAAAACACAAUGGUUACUUGGACUUAUUAUUAAUAAGUCCAACUUGAACUUAUUAAUAAGUUCAAAGACGAAUAAAAACCAAAAUCAAAAUAUUUUCUUAGCUAAAGUUUCUAUGAAGUUAAAAAGUGCAAAGAUAUUUUGUGACAAAUAAAGAGAUUUUUCUAAUCA